AUGGAUGAACCUCUGGAUCUGAGCACGUAUCGUGGCAGCGUGCGGAUUGCAACCGAGGCCAUGAACGACCCUAUCGUCACACCCGCUAGCGAGAUCCCGACAGAUACUCUGGAACAGUAUCGAAACCUACUCAACACCGACGUCAAUGAGGCAUUCACAGUGUGGACUCGUUCCUACAACAACCUAUCCAGUGGUGGUGCAGAUGCGUUUGUCGUCUUGGCACAGGUCAUCUCCGAGGCCGCUUUCAAUCAUGAUAUAAUACCUCGCGAGAUUCUUGGUACAGGUGGCGCCUCCGAUUUUUGCGAGGCAGUCAUCUCUCAACGCAAUUACUGGUUCUACGACCAACAUCCGAGCCUGAUCUACGCCAUCCUUACCAUCAUCGACGGGAUCCAUCUUGCUGCAGCGAGUAUCGCCCGCUCUACUGGCGAUCGCACCAUCACUCGACAUCCAGAACUCGUACAUCUCGUAGGUGUACUAGCAACGUCGGCCUGGGCACACCGCGGGAUAUUUGUCGAUGGUGGCCGCUCGGAUGGCUACUGCAUCGGAUGGGCAAAGGCACUCCGUAUGCGUAUGCUCAGCUUCUUGCCGCUCAUGUACCCCUGUAUCAUAGAAACGUCCGAUGCAUGCAUGGAUUACAGCCGCUUGGUUAUCCUCUGUUGGUAUCACUCCCCAGACUCGGCAAGCGCCGAUAUCAACUUCUCCAACGCCUUUCGGCAUCUUCCACCUAGGUCCGCCGAAGAGCAAACAACCACUGGACCUCUACUAGACGACGACGAUCUAGAGCCCGAGCCCGUUAAUCCGAAUUACAAUUCUCACAGGGUCGCUUGGCUAUUCACGCAACACGACAUCAUCGAAGUAUAUGGACUAGAGAACUUCCUUCGGCGUGUGGACGCUACGAUCCGGCAACCUCUGUUACGCGAUCGCUUCCUCUUUCUCUUCUUGCAGAACAUAGAGAAAUGGUUUCCGCACCCGCAGAUACUGCCACGCGCGGCAGCCUCUGGGAUUCUCACUGGGCUCCGCGAUGCAGUCGAACGACAAGCAUUGCACGGGGAAGAUGGGUUUCAAUGGUUGACUACGGUCGAUUUCAUGCUUAUUGCCCAAUUCGUAUCUGCACUGUUGCCUGCAGCGGAUGGUGCUGCGUAUGUCAUUCGCGAUUGUGCGAUUGUCGAACUUCUGGCGCGAGGGACGCGCCUUGCCGCUCAUUUGCGGUCUACGGAACCCGAUUCCAGCGCCGUCGAGCAAAGAGACGCAUAUGAUUCCUGUAUACUCUCGUUGAAGAGGUUCUCCACCAUCGCGCAAGCCGUCAACAUGCGAGCCGGAAAGAACAACCUUCGAAAGAUCCUUCGCCAAGCAAUGCGCCGCGAGUGGUAUCCGACGUUGUUACACAUACGCGACGUGCAGACGCUCAUCUUAAGUAAUCAUCGUGCCAAAUACACGAGCCUAGUGUCGGCCUGGAAAACCUUUGGAGAGGUCGUGGGGAUGGAUGAAGCGCAGGCGAAGAAGGAUCACGACCAUAAGGUCAAAAGAGAUGCGCGAUUCUGUUCGUGGGCCGAUUGUCAGUAUCACGGCAGUCCUCCUCCAAACCUUCUGGCGUGCAAGGGAUGCGGGGAAGUCCGGUAUUGCUCCAAGAGCUGUCAACGCAAGGAUUGGUAUAAUGGAAGGCACAAACUUCGCUGCAGACGGCUGAAACAGACAUGA